AUGUUCCCCUUCGAGGCUUGCUCAAGCCUGCAACAACGACGAGGCUCGUUCCGACGACACACCCUUGGCCAGAGUGAGACCUCCCGACCGAUAUUUGACCCCGAAGCCAAGCACUACAUGGAUCCAGAGGCCAGGGCCAAGCUCCGACUCUACCUGGCAUCGCCCCAAAAGUUCGACGAGGUGCUAGAAUUUGGCUUUCCGUCCACAUCCGCAGAACUACCCUCAACACCUCCCGAGAGUCACCCACGGCACAAACUCGCGCCGCGCCAAGUGAAUCACGACGUCCUCACCUUCCUCCAAGGUGAUCCUGUCUCCUUCCUCGACGACGCCCCAGAGUACACCAAGUACGACUCCUCGGAUUCUGACGAAGACACGAGCACGAUUGGCGACGGCGAUAGCCCAGUCACGCCCCGCGACGGCCAGGGCGUCAGCCGUUAUAUGCGGCGCCUGCCGUCCUCGAACGGCUCCUCGCUCGACAACACCAGCUUCCCGCUUCCGUGCGGCCGCCAGACGAGGUAUGCUGAGGCGAUGGCCGGCAACAGGGAGAUGACGCUGCGGGUGACCCUGACGCGACCGGAUCUGCGUGCUGCGGACGACGAGCUGUACGGCUGGCAGAAGUCUGGUGUUCAGGCCAAAGCUGUGGCAGAUGAACUGCAUGACGACAGAGAUCCGUUAGCGUUGGAGGCGCUGCCGCCCAUGACGGACGACAUCACUGGCUCGCACUGUCCGUUCACGACGCCGCCGCCGAGCACGAGGCAGGUGGGGUUAGUGAGGAGGCUGUUGAAGAAGAUGAGGAGCGUGAAGGGCUAG